AUGGCCGGAACAAUCUACACAGUCAAGCCCAAGGCCGGCCACACCCACACCCACACGGUCAUAUUUCUCCACGGUCGCGACAGCGAUUGCAACGAGUUCGCUAGUGAGCUGUUUGAAAGUGAAGCCUCCGAGUCCGAGUGCGGGCCAAAUGGUGGACGUACACUCCCAGACAUCUUCCCAUCUAUCAAAUGGGUAUUCCCAGGCGCCCCAACCAUCAAGUCGCAGCGCUUCGAUACCGAUAUGUCUCAAUGGUUUGACAUGUGCAUGGCCCGAAUCAUCAGUGUAGUCGCAGCCGAGGAAAACAUCUUACCCAAAAACAAGAUAUUCCUUGCUGGCAUCAGCCAGGGCUUUGCGACGGCAAUCGCCACUUACCUGGCCAACGAACAUAACGAACAUGGCGAGUUCGCCGGGCUGAUCGGGCUGUGCAGCUGGCUGCCCAUUACGCAAAAUACUCAAAAUACCACACUCUCGCACAAGACUCCCAUCUUCCUCGGCCAUUCAAAGGACGAUGACGUGGUCCCGAUCAAGAAUGGCAGAGGCUUGAGAGAUUCCCUCAUCGGCCGAGGUCUCCAAGUUCACUGGAAGGAGUACGAGGAUGUUGGACAUUGGAUCAAUGAGCCCGAGGGCGUGGAUGACAUGGUCGCAUUCAUGAAGCAGCGCAUGGGCUACCAGACCCAGACGACACGCCGGGAGUUACUAAAUACAUGUAGUAAUAGGGGCUCAGCGCUGGAAGAAGUGCAGUCACUGCAGUGUGACUGA